ACAGAUACUGUACAUGGGUAGGGUGAGGUCUAGGGAUCGAACCCUGGGUACUGCAUCCGCUACUGCUAAAAGGCAGGCAAGGGGUUGGUUGGUGAAUAAGUGGAUAUAAGUGGAUAAGACCGGACAGGCGAUACAAUAUGGGGAAUCACUGAAACAGUCCAGGGAGGAAAGCAGUCCUGCGGAUCCGCAAGUACGCAAGUAGCAAAGUUUUCUUUCGUUGCUAGGUGGAAAAGGAGUAGAACAGGUCGGCGAGGGAAGGAGAACUUUCUCCUCUCUCUCUCUCUCUCUCUCUCUCCCCAUCUCUACUGAUAUAGGUUUAAUCAGAAAGAGGAGAUCCAGAGGGACAGCAAGGCGCGUAAAGAUUCCUCCCUGUCUAUAUAAAGUACAAGUACAUAUAUAUGUAUGUAUAUAGAUAUGUAUAGAUAGAUAUGUCGCUGAAACUUCGACGAAACAGUUUGUCACCGCCUUUCGUUUAUCAUGCUCUUCUUGAUAGAUAGAUAUAUAGAGCAAUAUAUAUGGUAUAUAGAUAUAUAGGUGGAUAAGAUAGAUAGAUAUAUAGGUAGAUAAGAUAGAUAGAUAUAUAGGUAGAUAAGAUAGAUACACAGAUAGAUAGGUUAAACUUGAAGGUUCACAGGCAAUCUAUGGAUGAAUGGGUGUCUUCUCUAUAAUGAUCUUGUAGGUUCAGGAAUGUGUGCCUGAUACAGCCAUGCUCAGGUUGACCGAUGGGGUUGUGACUAGCUCCGGUUUGCAUUUGUUUUUUGGUUGCGCGCUUCAGAAAUAUAGCUGACUGCAGCACUGCAAGUUAGGAAGUGCUUGUCAUCUGCUGACAGGUGAUCGGUGGUGGACUCGUGUUCGCGUAGAUUCUUUUGUGUGAUUGUGCAGCUGAGCAACACCCCAUUCUGCAAAGGGAGGGGGGGGGCGGGGGGCGGAAUAGGGAGACCCCAGGAGGGGGGAGGACCCCUUUAAUCCAGCUUUCAGUUGCUGGGAAUGGAUCUGGAUGGGGGCGAUGGUCCACUAGUGGGAAGGCAGGAACAAAGGAAUGACCUCCAUCAUGGACGAGGAAUGGAGGGACAAGAUGCCGAUAGGCAGCAACAACAACAGCAACAGGAGGAAGCAGAGGAGGAGGAGGAGGAGGAGGAGGAGGUAGAGUAUGUUGUGCUGGAUCUUGGUACAGAGCUUCAUGGCGCUGGCCUUCCCCAAUUAGGAAUGAUAAAGUUGUAUGGGCUGGCAACCGACACCCCACACCUAGUGUUUCCUGAAUCAGGGAUAGAGCUUACUGGGACGUACGAAGAGACCGUUGGCAGUCAAUUGUUCUUUGAGCCCUGUGCCGGGUCCGGUGAAGGCGAUCGGAAUUGGACAGGUGCGGGCCAAAAGGGCACGGCUGCGCUCUCUUCUGACUCCGAUGAGCGACGGUCAGGCGACACUAAUCGUGUCCCCUCUCGUGCGGAGGAGAAGAGGACAGGUGCAACUUAUGGCACGGCAGGAAUGGAAGCUAAGCUGCCGCCGCCGGUUCGUUUAUUUGGAUUUACGGACAAAAAGAUAAAGUUUGUGAGGUGCCCUCCUGUAGAGCCAGGACUUCCUUUUUUCUGCUCUUCUUUGUCCGUCCCUGCCGUUCCCAGCACGGCGGUUAUGGCUGUCGACUGUCCGUCCCAGAACGUUGUUUAGGCAUCAGCCAUGUGAAUCGUGUUUUAAGUUUUUUUUGGAAAUAAUAAAAAAGUUCCAUUUGC